GCCAAUAUCGCUACAUUAAAAUUAUGAAGUGGUUUCGACGUCGCUCAUGCACAUGGUCAAGCAGCGACCUAUCUGUUUACACUUGUUAGGAUCAGAAGCUUUUUGCAUCUUACGUCAUGUACUGGACAUUGGAUGAGUCGAAUCUAUCAAGAUGCCUAGAGAGCGCAGAAAACGUAUUUCAGUCCAUGAAACCUCCGCUAAGCUCGCCCGGCGACAAUUUGCAGUGCAAGAUAAUGCGGUUGAAGCGGUCGAAAUAGGUGCAGCCGGAGAGACUUCAGGGCAAGUAAUAUUGCAAGAAAUGUCCACAGCAGCUACUGAGCCUCGUCAUUCAAUAAAGAAGAAGGAGAAACAACAGCUUAAGCACGAAGCUUUCAUUGAAAAGCUGAAAUAUAAAACAUCCCGGUACUCGAAAGUGCAGAGACGCCGGUUCAAUAGACGGCAACGAGAACAAAUAUGGGUGGACUCGCCAGAACAAGGUAGUCCAGCGGCCGAGGAGACAAAGGAUGCUCGCCCUCACAAAGUUCAACAAAAAACGCUUCAGAUUGGGGAGGGCAAGGGAAUACCGCUCAGCAAGAACCAACGAAAACGUGCUUUGGAACUUGAGAAACUUCGACAGCCAUUGAUACUCUCAAACCCACUGUACUCGUCGAACCCAUUUCAAACGAUCCGCACUCACGCGCAGAAUACACUCGUGAAGCGUGCUGAUGUCCCAAAUGCGCAAUAACCUCAAUGUAUGAUAAUAUAAAUACCUGCACGGUGAUGUGACCACUGGUAUAAUCCCGACAUCCCCGAUUUUCACCAUCCAGUGACAUAUCUGCUUCUUCAUGGGGAAGUCAUGCCGCGCAUUGAUCGGGAACCUGGAAGCGUAUGGAUAUGAAUUUGGAUGAUUCACGACGUGCGCAUCCGAUUUCAAAU